AUGGCAUCUUAUAGUGGCUUUGUGUCUACCUUCUUAUGGGCAAUCUUUGUCAUUCAAGAAAUCGAAUUCGGUCAUUCCAAUGCUUCGACCAAUGUAACCUGUAUUGGUGCAGAGAGAGAAGCUCUUCUAAAGUUCAAGCAUGGUCUCACUGAUCCUUCGAGACGUUUGUCGUCGUGGACUGGAGAGGAAUGUUGCAAGUGGGAUGGAGUCGAAUGCAACGAGAAGACCGGUCAUGUACUGAAGCUCGAUCUUCAUAAUCCUUGUAUUGAAGAGAUCGAUAUUGACUUCUUCAUACCUUCAAAUAAGUGCAAGUUGGGAGGUAAGAUAGUUCCUUCUUUAACUGAGCUAAAGUAUAUGAAGUAUCUGGAUCUUAGUGCCAACAACUUUUCAACCCAGAAGAUCCCGAUGUUCAUUGCUUCUCUUCAAAAGCUGGAAUAUCUUAACCUCUCAUCCGCAGGCUUCGAUGGAGAUAUUCCUAGGCAGCUCAAUAACCUUUCCAAAUUACAGUAUUUGGAUCUUAAUAGUGACCUCUCUUUAGGUUAUUUAACCGUGAAAGACCUUGAAUGGGUGUCGAAAUUAUCUUCCUUGAAAUACUUGGACAUGUCCAACGUUGGCCUUUCAAAGGCCGACGAUUGGUUCACUUCCAUUAACAUGCUUUCCUCUUUGCAAUCUUUAAAAUUAAGCUUCUGUCAAUUGCAAGUUAUUUCUAGCUCUUUGCAGGCCAAUUUCACCUCUCUUAGAUUACUUGAUAUAAGCCUUAAUUUUAUGCAAUCUUCCAUCCCGCCAUGGAUCUAUAACUUGAGCAAGCUAGAGCAUAUUGUUUUGAGUGACAACUAUUUUAUUGAAGGCCGUUUUCCCAUGGCAAUCGUUGAGAAUUUUCAAAAGCUUGCGUUCCUUGACAUUUCUGGGAAUAAUCUACAAGGUGAAUUUCCAAAAAACAUGAGCAGUCUUUGCAAAUUGCAAGUGGUACAAUUACAAUCUAACAAAUUCAAUGGGAAUAUCUCAACCAUCUCAGAUGGUCGUCUCGGUUGUGUACAAAGUAAGUGGAAGAUCUUUGAUGUUUCCUUCAAUGAUUUGGGUGGAGAACUACCAAAUCAAUUCCAAGAUUUCAAAGAACUAGAGUACCUUGGUCUAAGCUCUAACAAAUUUAGCGGGACCAUUCCAGAGAGCAUUGGGCAACUAUCAAAUCUAAAGAAGGUCCACCUUGGAAAUAAUUUUUUGCAUGGAGUUGUCAAUGAACGUCACUUUGAAAAUCUCAAAAGCUUGACUGACUUAGACAUUUCUGAAAAUGAGCUCAUAUUAAAUGUGAGCUCUACUUGGAUUCCACCAUUCCAAGCUCGUGAGAUACAAUUGUCAGAUUGCAAAGUGGGGCCUGAAUUUCCAAAAUGGCUUCAAACACAAAGGAACAUUACUACAUUGGAGAUGUCAAAUGCAAGCAUCUCACAUGGCAUUCAUGAAUGGCUCUAUAACAUUUCCUCUAACAUUGAAUAUUUGGAUAUGUCAAGAAACAUGCUUAGAGGCCAAGUUCCCCAGAAUAUUGGAGACAAGAUGCCCCAGUUAGUCUGGUUGAGACUUUCAGGUGCUAAUCUCACCGGUGGCAUACCAAAUUCUUUGUGUAAGUUAAAUAAGCUGAGUGACAUUGAUCUCUCAAAGAACCAAUUGUCUGGGAGACUUCCUCAUUGUUGGAGAGCAUCGCAACCGUUGAGAGUAUUUUCCUUUGGGUAUAACAAGUUAAAUGGUCAGAUCCCGAAAUCUUUGUGCAAUCAUCAAGAAUUACUAGCUCUUAGCCUACCGAGGAAUGGUUUUAGUGGAGUAAUCCCAAACUGUUUGUCAAACUUACAGUUGAUGGAGAUCCUUGAUCUCAGCUACAAUAAAUUCACGGGUAGGUUACCUCCAUUUGGGGAACAAAAUCAAUCAUUGCAAAUGAUCAAUUUGGAGAAAAAUCGCUUUGUUGGAGGCAUUCCUCCACAAUUUUGCCAACUUCGCGGUCUCCGUAUCUUGAACCUAGCACAAAAAUAA